AUGGUUCAGCUCCAGCAGAAUGUUAUGGAACAGUUCAAUCCGAGGCUACGGAAUUUAAUAAACCUGGGGAAAAAUUAUGAAAAAGCCGUUAAUGCUAUGAUCCUGGCGGGAAAAGCCUACUACGAGGGAGUGGCCAAGAUCGGUGAGAUUGCCACCGGGUCCCCUGUGUCGACAGAGCUGGGCCACGUUCUCGUGGAGAUUUCCAGCACCCACCAGAAACUGGACGAGAGUUUUAAGGAAAACUUCAAAACGUUUCAUAAAGAGAUUAUACAGGAGCUGGAGAAGAAGACGGAACUGGACGUAAAAUACAUGAACGCCACCCUGAAACGGUACCAGACAGAGCACAGGAAUAAGCUCGAUUCCCUGGAGAAGUCUCAGGCCGAGCUGAAGAAGAUUCGACGGAAAAGCCAAGGCGGGCGGAAUGCCCUCAAGUACGAGCACAGGGAGAUGGAGUACCUAGAGACCGUGACCUCCCGCCAGAGCGAGAUCCAGAGGUUCAUCGCCGAGGGCUGCAAAGAAGCGCUGCUGGAGGAGAAGAGGCGCUUCUGCUUCCUGGUGGACAAGCACUGCGGCUUCGCGGGCCGCGUGCAGCACUACCACCUGCAGUCUGCAGAGUUACUGAAUUCCAAGCUGCCUCGGUGGCAGAAAACCUGUGGUGACGCCACCAAAGUCCCGGAGGAAAUCAUCAACAUGAUCGAAGAAAUAAAGACCCCGGUGUCCACCCCGACGUCCUGGACGCCUCAGCCCUCACCCAUGGUCGAGAGGAGCAGCAUGGCUGGGAAGGACUACGACACCCUCUCCAAGCACUCUCUGAAGGUGCCCCCGGCUCCUUCGGCCAGGGCCAACACCAGCCCUUUGAUUGACAUGUUCGACAACCCAGAGACCGUGGCGCAGAAUUCAGCGACUGCAGAUGACCCCAGCCUGCAGCGGUCGGUGUCUGUGGCCACGGGACUGAACAUGAUGAAGAAGCAGAAGGUGAAGACCAUCUUCCCCCACACGGCCGGCGCCAACCCCACGCUGCUCAGCUUCGCACAGGGCGACGUCAUCACGCUGCUCGUCGCCGAGGAGAAGGACGGCUGGCUUUAUGGCGAACACGACGCCUCCAAAAAGAGGGGCUGGUUCCCGUCCUCCUACACGAAGCUGCUGGAAGAAAACGGGAAGGAGACAGUGAGCGUGCCCUCGCCAAGCCCGGCCCCCAUCAGGAGCAUGAGCACGGUGGACCUGUCGGAGAGGAGCUGCGCGGCCGUUCCCAUCCCGCCGCCCGACUACCUGGACUGCCUGGCGACGAAAGCGGCUGCCAACAAGAGAGCCGACGUCUCCAAACCUCCUUCCACCUUUAAACCCCCGGCGUCCGGACCGGACCCCGCGUCUCCUAAUACAAACGGGACUGCAAAGCAUCCUUUCCUCGGUGGUGGAGAAAACCCCUUUGCUACUGUGAAACUCCGCCCGACGGUGACAAACGACCGAUCAGCACCAAUCAUCCGAUGAAAAGAUGGCCAAGGCCGCCUCUGGACCUGAUGUUCUCACUUGCACAGUGAUAGGUGUGGUGCGCGCUGUAACUGUGUGACGCUUCACCAGAGGGAGGGCGCUGAUUUCAAACGUUCUACUUGAGCAAAUCAAUGCAUUUCCUCAAUUUCACAUAGUUGGGUUUGCACAUUUCUGUCUUUAAAAAGAUAAAUUAGUUGAGUGACCAACUCAAUCAUUUAAAGUCUUUUUUUUUCCUAUUCUGUUCGAAAAGCAGUAAAUUUGGUUCCAAUCC